UUUUGAGCUUAGGCGGCGCGUUAGGAUCAUGCGCGAAUAAUGAUAUACAGUGAGAUCACGUGAAUUUUUGAAAAUUCGAAAAUAGUAAAAAAACGAACAAUGAAAAUUUGUUGAAAAAUUCAGUGAAUCUUGCGGAAUUUUUGGAUUAAUUUGGCUUGUUGUUUUGACAAAAGAUCGAUGAUGAUAAUGAAGAGUAGGAUGAUGAGGCGAUGAAAUCUCAAGAACACAGCCCAAAAUCGAUUUGCAGUGUUGGAGGAAAACAGAGUAAGCACGAAACUAGCACAGGGGAUUCCAAAAUACCCCCGACUUGUUUGGACCACCACAAAUCAGUAUCAUUAACGAAUUUGCAACCUACGAUAAUACAGCCAAGGAUGGCUCAAUUAGAAACACUAGAAGCAAAGAUGGCCAGUAUAGAAGUGUCUUUGUCCAGUACACCGAGAAGAAAGAAGAAUGGUAGCCUAACAGGCAUCAGUAUAGGCUCCUCCAUACGAUCUAUCCCCAAGGAGUUGGCCUUGAAAGAGUUGGAGAAUCUGAGAAACGCCUUGAGGGACAAGGAAAACAUCAUACAAAGCCUGAAGGGUCAACUGACCCUACCAGGGCUGAGACUGAACGCCAUGCGUACUAACAACAACAGCAAUAUCAAAGAACUGAGCGAUGUUGAAAGAAGGCAGGCUGAAGAUAGACUCAACAGGUUGAGAACUGACGUUGACAACAAAAGACUGGCUAUCAAGAAUCUGAAGAUGGCGUUGGAGAGAUUAGAUAUAACAGACAAUAUUGAUGUACGGAUACAACAAGCAGAACUGGAAUAUCAGUUGGGAAGGGAAGAACUCAAUCUUCUAACACUGUUAGAAGAAACUAGAGCUCUCCAAAUGUGUAUAGAAGAAUCGAAUAAAGCUUCAUCAAACUCGCACACCUUGUACAGUUGUGUAGAUGGAAAUGAAUUUUUAAUUCUACAAGCAGUAGAAUUGGAAUAUGACCCCAAGAGUCCAAAGUUUGGGGCAGGUCAAAAAGAUUCUGUUGCUGGUCUCUAUAUAGACUGGGCUCUAGAAGAUACUGACUUACAUAAAGGUGAUAGGCUGAUCGAGGUAAAUGGAAAAAUUGUUCUCAACAAAACCCGAGAAGAUCUGAACCGACUUCUAGCUGCUGAUCCUGAUCCAGCUCAGAUAGUCCUACUCAGAAGAUUGUCUCAGUCAGAAUCAUCGAUUGUAUCCAAUAACAACUCUAAAGCAAUACAAGCCCUACGAACAGAGCUCGAAUCAACCAUAGAGAAAGCAGAGGAAGCACAGAAAGCCAAGGACAUUUUGAGAUCAGAUAAUAUUCGUUUGACUCACAGGAUAUCUUACCUCGAAGAACAGGUUUCGGAUCUUCUGAGUAGAAAACCAUCCGAUCCAGACUGCAGAGUCAUCUCUCCCACCCCAGUGAUUUCCAAAUCUACUCAUAACGUAACCCACAUCAACAUCAGAACACAAUCACCCUCCAACUCCACUAGCACUAACUCAGAAGUACAAGUUUUCCAGAAAGGUAACCAUGUAACCAACUACACACCUAACGGUCUGGACCCCAAAGAACAAAUACCACAUCAAAUGAGGUCAAAAAGCAGUUUGUCCAACGUGUCCAAUACCCACAUCCCAGCUCCAGAUUACAACUGCCAGAAAAGCCACAGCAAGCACAAGCACAGAUCUUCCAGGAGCGGAGUCCAAUCACCAGUGAGCAACGGCUUGAUGAACGAGAAGAUAACCUACAGAAAACAUGGCCACCACCAUCAUCACAGAGAGAAGGACUAUAGCUCUGAAACCAACUCCGCAGUGGAUCACGUGAAAAGGCUCAAUAAGAAGAACCACGAGCAUAACAGGUACUCGGCAGAUUUUGCAAAGGCAAAUUCUGAUAAAGAGUACACUAAUGAUGUUAUGGACCAGAGCUACAAGAAAGCCACAAAGAUAGUACAAGACUUGACGAAGACUCGAGACGCCACGCUCUAUGAGAAGCAUCGCCAGAAGUGCAUCACUGCUUCUGAGAAGUACAACGCUGAUAUCCUGAGGCACUACAACACGAGGAAGUCGACUUCGGUCCUGGAUUUCCGGUCAGAAGUCCAUAUAGGCCCUAAGUACGACUCCAAAAGUGUCGAGGACUUGGACAACAACCGUGGAUUCACCAAUAGAAGAGUUGGAGACUCACGUAGUGUCAAGUCAUUGGACUUUGACAGUGACUGUAACUCUACUUCUACCAAUUGCAGGAUCAGCAACAUAGACUACACUUCGGAGCCUACGAAUGAUCCCAAGAAAUUGCCCUACUAUCCUAAUGGCUACGAUACGAGGCCAGCGAGACCAGUUCCUCCUAAGAAGCCAUUGAGGCUGUCUCUUCACAAGACCAGCAGUAUGCAGUCUGUGGAGACAGAGCCAGAAAAUCAGAGGAGGAACGAGAGGAAGAGGAACCAUAAAGGCCAGGUCCCAGCAGUGAAUUUCAUCACCUCUGAGCAGAACGGGAGAGUCAAUGGACAUAGGGAACAGCAGAUUAAGUGGAAUUUCAGGAGGAGCAUGGAUACAGCCCUGGAAAAUGGUAGUUGGUGUUGAGAAACAAAUCGUGCAGUGUUCGAGCUGGUUGAUAAUUUUGCCUUUGGACUCAUUUUCGGCAGUGGGAGCAGAGCAGAUGUACAUAACUAUUGAUAGAUAUUGUGAAUCGUACUAUAACUUCAGAUAAAUCGCAAUUUUGAGUGCUUUAAUAUUAGGAUUAUUGAACGUACAUGACUGAAUGAAAAUAUUUUUAUUAUUGUGAAACUGUUUAAUUAUUUCUCAGAGAAAAACAUAUAUUUUGUAAUAAAAAAGAUGCUCAUAGCUAGAUAUUUUCAGUAUUAUUUUCAUUGGGAUCGAUUCCAUAGUUGAGGGUGUUGCCUUGUUGAUAAGCCCAAGCCAUUCGUUUACUUGUAAAGUAUAUCCCUGGAUGACCAUCUUUCGAUAAAGUGAUAGCACCUGGAAAUGA